AAAGCCCAAAACCCUGAAGUCUGAACCAACACAGAGCCCAAAACCCUUUGAUGGAUUAUCCACUCCAUGGAAUCAUAUCUCAUUCUCAACUCACAGAAACACAUAUCAACAGUAAUUUAAAUUUUCAAACCCCAUCAUCACCUGCAAAGAUUUGAACAAAUUGCUCCUCACAAGUAACACUUGCUGAUGGAACUUUCUUCUUCCUUCACACUCUCUCCAAAACCACCACCACACAACUUCUCUUUCUCAUCCACAUUCACUCCCAACCCAAUCCAAAUCCAAAUCCACACCAAAACCCGAAACCCCACACGCAAACCCCUUCGCAUUUUGGCGGUAGCCAUCGACCCUUCACAAGAGCUUCCAAAGAACAGUCCUCAGCGGCUCCUGAAAGAGCUAGCGGAACGCAAGAGACCCCCUCCAUCCCCAAAGAGAAAAACACCCCCAAGAAGGUCCAUUCUAACGCCCCCACUAGACGACAAAAAACUAGCCAACAGGUUCCUCAACAGCCCCCAACUCGCUCUCAACUCCUUCCCCUUGUUAAGUUCAUGCUUACCUUUCUCGCGUCUCAACUACAUCGACAAGGCGUGGAUCGAGCAGAACCUUCUAGAAGCCAAACAAGCUCUUGGGUACCCUCUCGAACCCUCCGAGACUUUGGAUGACGAUAACCCCGCCAAACAGCUCGACACGUUGUUGUACCUGGCGUUUCAGCACCCCGCGUGCGAGAGGAGUGGGGCGCGGCACGUGCGGUUCGGCCAUUCCAGGUUGUACUUUUUGGGACAGUACGUGCUUGAAUUGGCGUUCGCCGAGUUUUACUUGCAGAGGUAUACGAGGGAGUCGCCGGCUCCGAUGAGGGAGCGGGUUUUCGGGUUGAUUGGGAAGAGGAACUUGCCUACGUGGAUUAAGGCUGCGAGCUUCCAGAAUUUGAUAUUCCCCUUUGAUAAUAUGAACAAGUUGUUGAGGAAGGACAGAGAGGCAACAGUGAAAUCUGUAUUUUGGGCUUUGUUUGGAGCAAUCUAUCUAUGUUUUGGGAUGCCAGAAGUGUAUCGUGUUCUAUUUGAAGUCUUUGGAAUGGAUCCAGAUGCUGAGGAUUGCCAGCCCAAAUUGCGUAGGCAGCUUGAAGAUAUAGAUCAUGUAUCUGCUGAAUUUGAAGGCAAGAUAAGCUGGCAAGAUAUGGCUGCGUAUAAGCCUCCUGCAGAUGCCUUGUUUGCACAACCACGGCUGUUCAGAGCUUGUGUUCCUCCAGGCAUGCAUCGGUUUAGAGGAAAUAUAUGGGAUUAUGAUUGCAGACCACAGGUUAUGCAAAUACUUGGAUAUCCAUUAGAAAUGACAGAUAGAAUUCCAGAAAUUACGAAAGCCAGGAACAUAGAGCUUGAACUUGGUUUGCAGCUAUGUUUCUUGCAUCCAUCAAAGUACAAAUUUGAUCAUCCUCGAUUUUGCUAUGAAAGAUUAGAAUACCUUGGCCAAAAGAUACAGGAUUUGGUGAUGGCUGAAAGAUUGUUGAUGAAGCAUUUAGAUGCUCCAGGGCUCUGGUUACAAGAAAAGCACCGCCGGUUGCUUAUGAACAAGUACUGUGGAAAACGUUUGAGGGCCAAAAAUCUCCACCGUUUUGUAAUAUUUUCUGAAAAGGUUCAAGACACAUAUGAUCGCAACUAUAGACUGAGAUAUCCAGUUGCAACAGCUGUUCAACAGGCACUUCACGGGCUUUCAUAUGCUGUUUAUGGGAAACGUGACGUGAGACGUCUGAUGUUUGAGGUUUUUGACUUCGAGCAAACCCUGCCUGAAGCAAUGUAAAUAUAAAGAGAGAAUAGGGAAACAAAGAUAUUAGAACUUUCCUUUUCCUCAUAUCCUUUGAUCACCUUUUCAUUCUUCUUUACAUCUUUCUUUUUAUUUUUUACCCUCUUGAUUUGAAUUUUUAGGUAUAUAAUUAUUUGAUCCACCUAGUUUUAGUUGAUUUUGACAAUUCUUUUGAAGUGGCAUUUGUACAUAUUCUUUAUAUUUUAUUAAUUUUGAGACUCAGUUCUAGACCCAUAAAAAUGCAUGGAGACGAGGACGUGAAUGCGAGUAUAAGUACUGUAUUCCUCUCUAGUCUCCAUAGCCUAAGAGUCUAGUUGGUCAAGUAGAUGAAUUUAGAAUGAAAAUUGCCUUAUACUUGCC